AUGCAGGUCGAAAAGGCCGUUGGACAUGGUGACAAUGCCACCACCGCACAGAAUGUCACCAACCCUGGCAACGACCCCAGCACCGCCGACAACUCAGAGUCUAUGAAGGCUCUUGCGUGGUAUGGCAAGAACGAUGUCCGGAUAAUCGACACACCAAAACCCAAGGUUAUCGAGCCUCGCGAUGUCAUUGUCAAAAUCACCGGAUCCACAGUCUGUGGAUCUGACCUACACUUGCUUCACGGCGCCGUCGUGGAGAUGCAGAAGGGCGACAUUCUCGGACACGAGUUCUGUGGUGUUGUAGACGAGUGCGGAUCAGCAGUCACAAAGUUCAAGAAGGGCCAGCGAGUUGUUGCGUCCUUCCAGAUUGCCUGCGGUGACUGCUACUACUGCAAGCAGAAGCUGUCCUCGCAAUGCGAAAAGACAAACUCCAAUACCAUCGAGAACGCAAUGUACGGCGGCCGAACAGCAGGCAUGUUCGGAUACUCCCACUUCACUGGUGGUUUCGCGGGAGGCCAGGCAGAAUACACUCGUGUUGCCUACGGCGACGUGAACCUGCUCGCCCUUCCCGAUGAUGUCCCAGAUGAGCAAGGUCUCUUCCUGUCCGACGUAUUGGCUACAUCAUGGCACGCCGUUGUUGACACUGGUGUCAAGAAGGGUGAUGUCGUAGCCAUCUGGGGAGCUGGUCCCAUCGGACAAAUGGCCGCAGACUUCUCUCUCAUGAACGGCGCAUCAAGAGUCAUCAUGAUUGACCAAAACUGGCGCCUAGACUUCGUCAAGGCCAGAUACCCCAACAUCGACACCAUCGACUUCUCUGCACUUGGCAAGGGCGAAUCGGUCACUAGCAAGCUCAAGGAGAUGUGCAACAACCGCGGCCCCGACGUCAGCAUUGAGUGCGCUGCCGGCGAGUACGCAAAGGGCUGGGCACACUACUUCGAGAUGAUGCUUGGUCUCGAGACCGACACCAGCGAGCUCAUCAACGAGAUGAUCACUAGCACACGAAACAUGGGCCGCUGCGGUAUCACCGGUGUCUACGUUGGCUUCACCAACCACUUCAACAUUGGUUCUCUCAUGGAGCGCGGUAUCCGUCUCAUCGGCAAUGGACAGGCCCCCGUACACAUGUACUGGGAGUCUCUCCUCCAGAUGAUCCAAGAGAAGCGCAUUGACCCAUCAAAGAUGGUCACCCACCGUGUCCGUCUCGAGGACCUUGACAAGGUCUACUACAAGUUUGAGAAGAAGGAGGAUGGCAUGCAAAAGGUGUUUGUGGAGACAAAGUGGAGUUUCCCGGCGUCCGAGGGCAGCCCCAAGUUGACCAGGUACUAA